GAAAAAUGAAGCGGCGAGAUGGUUUAUUUUGGGAAUACAAUCAACUGAAUCUGAUAAAAAUUGUCGUGUAGCUAUGGAAAAAUGGCAAAAAGAAAAAAAAAUGGAACGAAGCAAAACCCGAGCAAAAGCAGGAGGAGGACCCUUAGUUAGGGUAGAACAAGAGAAAGGCGAGAAUUCCUUAACAGUCGACUCAACAGACUCGAAUAAUUUAAAUCAAAUUCCUUCAAUAAACAAAUCUUCGACUUCAUUAAAUAUUAGAAAAUUAAUUGAGGAAAAUUCAAAUAAAUCAGAAACAGAAAAAAUUUUGUCUGGAAUAGCUAUAGAAGGUGCUUAA